AAAUAAAUAAAGUAACUAAUUAUUACAUUUAACUUAACCUCAACUCAAAAUAAUUGUUACAUUUAAUUCAUUUUAUAUCAAAUAUAAUAAUGGAAGGAUCUGGUGUUUGUAGUGAAAUAAUCGAUGAUAUUGAAGAUUUGAUUUCAUCUCAAGACAUAACACCAAAGCAGCGUUACAGUACAAGAAAAUCCAUUAAAAUUAGAGCUAAAAAGAAAACGGUUGAAGAUGUUGAGCCCCAAGCAAUUGGAGAUAACAUCCCAGGAACUCAAACGAUUUAUGUUAAAACAUGGGGUUGCGCCCAUAAUAACUCAGAUUCAGAAUACAUGGCUGGUCAAUUAGCUGCAUAUGGUUAUAAACUUACUGAUGAUAAAGAACAAGCCGAUUUAUGGUUAUUAAAUAGUUGCACUGUAAAAAACCCCGCUGAGGAUCAUUUUCGGAACGCUAUAGAAUCAGGCAAAAAGCUAGGUAAACAUGUUGUUUUAGCUGGAUGUGUUCCACAAGGCGCUCCAAAGUCCGGUUAUUUACAAGGAUUAAGUGUUGUUGGAGUACAACAAAUUGAUCGUGUGGUUGAAGUAGUUGAAGAAACUCUUAAAGGACAUAUUGUAAAACUGUAUGGGACUAAAAAACAAAAUGGCAAAAAAAUUGGAGGCGCUUCGCUGUUAUUACCUAAAGUACGAAAGAAUCCUCUUAUUGAAAUUAUUGCCAUCAACACUGGCUGCUUGAAUCAGUGUACUUAUUGUAAAACUAAACAUGCUAGGGGUGAAUUGGGGAGUUAUCCACCUGAAGAAAUUGUUGAGAGGGCCCAACAAGCUUUUCAAGAGGGUGUUGUUGAAAUUUGGUUAACAUCAGAAGAUACAGGCACGUAUGGUAGAGAUAUUGGUUCAUCCUUACCAGAAUUAUUAUGGAAAUUAGUAGAGGUAAUUCCAGAAGGUUGCCGAUUAAGAUUAGGUAUGACAAAUCCACCUUACAUUCUUGAACAUUUAGAAGAAAUCGCAAAAAUCAUGAAACAUCCAAGAGUUUAUAGUUUCCUUCAUGUUCCUGUUCAAUCAGGAAGUGAUCAAGUUUUAGCUGAUAUGAAAAGAGAAUAUACAUGUAAAGAAUUCGAAUAUGUUGUUGAUUUCUUACAAUCAAAAGUUCCAGGAAUGACAAUAGCAACCGAUAUAAUUUGCGGAUUUAACGACACACUUGUUUUAUGCGAAAAACAUAAAUUUCCUAGUCUUUUUAUCAACCAAUUCUUUCCUAGACCAGGUACUCCCGCCGCAAAAAUGCAAAGAAUUCCAGCGCAAGAAGUUAAACAACGCACAAAAAAAUUAACAGAGCUGUUUUAUUCUUAUGAACCAUACGGCCAUAAAGUCGGUGAAGUCCAGGAUAUUCUUGUAACAGAAAUUUCCCAUGAUAACGAACAUUUCGUGGGGCAUAAUAAAUUUUACGAACAAGUUUUAAUACCAAAAAAAGAUGAGUUAAUGGGAAAACUUGUUACCGUUAAAAUUGAAAGUGCCACAAAAUUCUCUAUGAUGGGGGUUGUUUAUGAUGGAAAUGUUGUCGCUCCUGGUUUAACUAAACCUUUAAAGCAGGGUGAAGUUUCUGGAAUACGAACGGUUUUAAGAGAAGGAAGUAAGCUUUGGUAUGCUUUAACAGCGCUAUUUUUUGCUAUUAUUUGCCGAUUGAUCUGGAUUUCUAUAUCAAAAUAUAUGUUAUAAUAAAAAUUA